GGCAGCCGGCGAUGCACCUCCGUUCCACCGUGACUAAAUUUUUCUCAAAACAAAUAUAGUCUGCACCUGCGCUCCGCAAACGGAUCAAAAUCCGCCGACCCCCGGCCCUCCACAAGCUUUUAAAUCCCUCCUCGGUGCCUCAGAACUGAAGUGGGGGGAGAGCAGCGAAGAAGAAAGAAAAAGAAAUGGAACCUUUGUGGAAGGAGCAGGACUACGUCUGCUGCUCUGGCAGCAAGAGAUUCGCAAAGGAGAUGGCCGCCGCCUCCCCCUUCGCCGAUCUCGAUCACGCCCUCCAAUCCGCCCGAGAUAUUUGGUUCAACAAGAUCGAUGUGAAUGGAUGGCUCGAGGCCUUCGCCGCUCAUCCGGCGAUCGGCGCCGCAUCCCCCUCCAUCUCCCAGUGGAGCAAGGAAGAGCAGUCCACUGCGCUAGCUACUGCUACCGAUUCCACUGUGCUGGAAUUGGUCGAGUGGAAUGCUCGAUACAGGGAGAAGUUUGGAUUUGUGUUUCUGAUAUGUGCGUCCGGGAGGGGCACGCCGGAGAUUCUAGCUGAAUUGAAGAAACGUUACCUCAAUAGGCCCAUCGUUGAAUUUGAGAUAGCAGCACAGGAGGAGAUGAAAAUAAUUGAAUUACGUCUUGCAAAGCUUUUCAAGACCCAAGCCAGGACAACCCCAUCUGUGACUGCACAGCUUCCUGCCGGGCAAUCAGAUAAAGCUGGAGAUCGCAUCGGCAUAAUUGGGGCACAUCUUACAGCUGUUGCUAAGGCAUCUGCCCAUAAAUCCCCUGAAAUUUCAGGUAACAGUCGACGCUCUCGCCCUCCAAUCACAACCCACGUCUUGGAUGUUGCUCGGGGCUCUCCUGCAUCAGGAAUGGAGAUACACUUGGAGAUGUGGAAGGACACCCUACGGUGCCCAUCGUUUACAGACCGAGAUUCGAGCAAAUGGAUGUCCGUAGGCUCUUCGGUCACAAACACUGAUGGUCGUAGUGGUCCUUUGAUGGACAUUGUGGAUUAUAUCACGCCUGGUUUUUAUCGAAUAAGUUUCAAUACUGGCAAGUACGUGCCCUCUGGCUUCUUUCCCUAUGUUAGCAUAGCAUUUGAGGUAAGGGAGAACCAAAGGUCAGAGCAUUUUCAUGUCCCUCUGUUGUAUUCACCGUUCUCCUUCACUACAUAUAGGGGAAGCUAGAUAAGGAAUCAGAGUUGCAUGAGAGAUUACAAUUCAAAUAAUGAGGUUAAAGAACUGUUAAUGGUCCUUGCUUAUGUUUGCAGCACAAGGACUUAAUAAUGUAUUACUCUGGCUGGUUUGUGUAAUGUGAUGAUGAUGAACAUAUAUCUACUGUGCCUCCCAGUGGGUGGCACAUCUGGGAGUUCUGUUCGGACAACAGUGUGCAACACUUGUCUUGCUGAAGUGUUUUGUUAUGUACUGGCUUUGUGCCGGCUGAGAAGGCCGGAGUUGCUGGUUCCAUUCACCGGCCAGAGUACCAGGUCAUUUUAUUAACUUGCGCUUCUUGUCCUUGGUUUUUCAGAGAGAUGUCUGUGGACGUUUAUUGUAAAUCAUAUUCCUUAACUAGAAUUGUGCUGUAUAAUCGAGGGGUUAUCACUCUCCA